CUGGAAUACUGGUGAUGGUAUGUGGACUCAUAUCAUUCCCUGGCUUGAUUAUCUGGGUUGAAUUGGAAUAUGAUACGUUUGGAUGUCCGACAGCUGAUUGUCAUUACGCUAUCCAAACCAUCAAAUCCAAUUCCAGAAGGCUCACGAACCAUUCGGAGAAUACCCAGCUAAAACUACCUUUGACAGAUUAUCUGCAUCUCACAAAAGCGCUGGGCCACGUGGCCCUUUCACAGCUGCCCUUCCAAGUACUUAUGUCUCCGGCCUCAUAUAUCUCCACCUCGAGACCGAUUUCACCCUCGAUUGCAUCGGCUGUGACGUCAAUUCCACAGCCUGCAUUGAGCGCGUAUCAUCGCCUUUUUGGCCGGGUGGUUUUGUCUCCGUUGCUCCUGGGACAUGCUGUGCUGUAUGCAGGGUUUUUCAUUCAGUCCAGCCAUCCGGAUUUUAGCUCUUUGCUGGCCAAACGCGUACAGGAUCCCGAUGUCCAGUGGGGCAUUGGCGGAAUAAUCGCAGCAAUCUCCCUGUUGCUUUUGACGCGUCCAACGGGACCAAGGCGUGGCCUGCAGGUGUGGGCAACGAGCUCAAUCAAGACCAGGAGGCAGGUUUUUUAUGUCGUUCAUGUGGUGUUGGUGGGUGCAUUGUGCCUGGCAGCAUAUUGCCAUGUUGCUCAAGCCCAAAGUUUUGUAAUGCAGACCUUGGGGAGUUUUGUGAUUAAUGGUGCAUGGUGCUGGGUAAUGAUGCGAUAGGGAUAGCUGGGGUUAGAUAGUGGCAUUCAAGGUUGCUACUAAUAAAAGAACAGAUCUCCAAGAGGGUGAAGAGGCAGGACUUGGGGUCAACAUUGCCAAUUUGCCAUAUAUUCCGUAUAUUUCAGACACUACCUGUAUAUAUGUCAAUAGGCAUCUAGUAAUAGGACUUAACUAUUAAUAUCCUCGAUAAUAUCCGGACAAUGCUGGCUUCGUCCAUGUUCAGGUGUGGCAAUAAAGACGUCUUGGCGGCAUAUCGCUUGCGGGCCAGCCUCGUCGACAGCCCUGCGGAGAGCGCAAAAGGGCGACU